AUGCCGUUCGUCGCCAACACGCCCGAAUCGCUUCUCGACCGUGCCGACUCCAAAAACCCAAACUCCACAUGUCGCGGUAUAACCUCGAGCGGCAGGCCGUGCAGACGACCCAUCAGCCGGUCGUCCGGGAUUUUGCUAGCCCCUAGGAAUCGAGGGCCGAGAGUCGAUCUCAGCGAUGAGAGUCUAUAUUGCUGGCAACACAAGGAACAGGCCAGCCACAGUGCAGCGUCCAGCCCCGGUCCUAGGAGGAGCACGAAGCCUAUUCUAACAGAACGUUCGAGCUUGGAUACCCUCGCGGACCGCCUGGGAGUUGUGCAACUUGGACAAAAGGACACCCACGAGCACAGUAGGGACCAUGGGAGGCCACCAAACACGUCCAUCAAAGCGUCGAGGCCGAGGACGCCGCCAAAACUCCAGUUUUGCCUCUGCUUCUCUAUUCCACUAGAGGAAGUACACGAGCCAGCGCGACCGAAACCACGGCCGCAGCCGGAACCUAUCCAGAACCCGGCCUCGGCCUCUAUGCCUAACUUGCGAAGCAGACACCAUCAUAACGGCAAACCGGGCAGCCAGCAGCAAAUCACGACACCCAGCACCUCCCCAGGCAAAGCAUCCUACCGAUCUGGUCGAUCCACCGUUUCACAAACUGCACGAUUCAAGGACCUAAUUCCAGACUCACUGGACAUGGCGACGGCGUCGACACUCAUGACUGAACUAGCCAAGCCGCACACCGACUCCGAAGAAGCCGGCUACAUAUACAUGUUUUGGCUGACACCCACGUCUAAACAGUCACCGCCGCCCGUCGACGCCGCCCGGUCCUUACUGGUACCGCCGUCUCCAUCGUCUCCGGCGCGCUCACGCCGACCAAGUGACAUUGUGUCUACCUUUGCAGACCCCAGCGGCAAGGGGGACAAGAAGACCAUGCUGCUCAAAAUAGGGCGUGCAGCGAACGUGCAGCGGAGGAUGAAUCAGUGGCAGCGGCAAUGCGGGUAUGAUAUUGAGAUGCUGCGGUAUUACCCCUACGUGGCUGCUGUAAACGACAGCCCUGGAAUGAGCCGCACGCCCCGGAUGACGCCUCACUGUCGUCGUGUCGAGCGCCUGAUUCAUAUCGAGCUGGCGGGCAUGGGGCUGCGCGCAGACAUGUCAACAUGUGACGCCUGCGGGAGGGAGCAUCGAGAGUGGUUUGAGGUGAAGGCUACGCGGGAAGGGAUUCGAAAGGUGGACGAUGUGAUUCGGCGAUGGGUUGACUGGGAUGAAACGAGCUUGGAUUGA